UGAUUGAAAACAAGUCCUUUGUACUGAUACAGAUAUCCGAGGCGGUGGCGCACGGACAUGGUUUUUCUUCGCGUUGCUUCGAGGUUCAGAGAAGCUACCUCACUUCAACAUCAGCCUACCCAACCACGGACCUGGACCGUUAGCGUGGAGGACAGAGGCUCAUUUUGCCUAUGCCAUCCAUCUCUCCGGUACCUUGCUGGUCAUGUUGUCCACGUUGCCUACCUACACGCUUUCCAAACACACACCGUUACCCUCCGUGCUUCACCUGCACUUCGACAUGACUCCACGCUCGCUAGUCGUUCAUUGCGGCGGAGGGUUCAGGGUGGCUGGUCUGCGUUGGACCACCGAGUGUGCGUAAGGUGGGUCGCUAACUGCUCCAUUCACUCAUCACAUCAUUGCGAUCUUGAACAACUGGGACUGAGUGCCGUAUGCUGACCUCCGGAAGUGCAUAUCCAGUUUCACUGCUAUAUAUGUAAUCGAGAUCCUCACCACCCACUUAAAAUAUGAGCAAUCUACCUGAGUAAAUGUCGAGCGAGACCACACCGUUUCGGAGAGCGACCAUAUAGACUCCAACGGUGGAUCUGAGAUCCGCCACCGUCCGUUCAAUGA